UCAAAAGGCAAGAAUUAAACAACGUAUUAGUUUGUACUUAUAUUUUUUAAAAAUAAAUUUACAUAAAAACGCGUCUUAUGACUGCAUUUUAGGCAGCAUUGUGAACACGCCUUUAUGUUGUAUGUAAAGAAGCUUGAGGUGCACGUAAAUACGCGGAGUGUGGUGAUCAAACUUUAGUGAGCUUAUACGUGAUAAUAGCAGAAACCGAAUAAAAUUUUUGUAUAUUCUUUCUUGUGACAUUUUAAAAUUUUUUCUGGAUAAAGAGUAAUAAAACAUUUGAAAAAGUGCUUGUUCUCCUAGAACGAUGGUCGAUUACAGCAAGUGGAAGGACAUAGAAAUCUCAGAUGAUGAAGAUGAUACUCAUCCAAACAUUGAUACCCCAUCAUUGUUUCGCUGGCGACAUCAAGCACGCGUUGAAAGAAUGGAGGAAAGAAAAAAGGAGCAAGAAGAACACGAAAGAAAAAAAUUGGAAACACAAAGGAAGCUGAAGGAUACAAAGGAAAAAUUAGCAAAACUUGAAACUGAACAAAAAGAUUCUGCUGAUUUAUCUGCUAUAAAGAAAGCUUUACAAGAUCUUGAAAAGGAACAAGAGAAGAUACAAAAAAUAGAGGAUGAAAUUAAAAAGAAAGAAAAAUUGACCCCAUGGAAUGUGGAUACAAUUGGUCAAGAUGGUUUCACAAAAACUGUAAUAAAUACAAAACCAGUGCGCAAAGAUGAUGAAUCUAGUUUAUCGGAUGAAGAGAAGGAGAAAAGAAUGAAACAAUUUGUAAAAGAAAAUGAGAAAAAAUUGAAGGAAUUUGGUAUGCUCCAAAAAUAUGACGCCAGUAAAAAGUUUCUCCAGGAUAAUCCUCAAUUAGUAUGUGAAAAUACAGCUAAUUACUUAGUUAUCUGGUGUAUCAAUUUAGAAAUGGAAGAGAAACACGAUUUAAUGGAACACGUUGCACAUCAAUGUAUAUGCAUGCAAUAUAUCUUGGAGUUAUCAAAACAAUUAGAUGUUGAUCCUCGAGCAUGUGUUGGCUCUUUCUUUAGUCGCAUUCAAAUUGCAGAAGUGGAAUAUAAGAAGUCCUUUGAUGAUGAAUUGAGGGCAUUUAAAGAAAGAAUUGGCAAGAGAGCUGCUGAAAAGAUAGCUGAAGCUCUUAAGGAAGCUGAAGAAGAGGAAAGAAAGGCUCGCCUAGGACCAGGAGGUCUUGACCCAGCCGAAGUAUUUGAAACACUUCCUGAGCCUUUACAAAAAUGCUUUGAGGCCCAAGACAUUCCUUUGCUACAAAAAACCAUAGCUGCAAUGCCAGAGAGCGAAGCGAGGUAUCAUAUGAAACGGUGCAUUGAUAGUGGCCUUUGGGUACCUGAUGCCAAGGCUAAGGAACAAGAAGAUGAAGAAGCCAACGAGAAAGAUGAAACAUCAGAUCCUGAAUAAUUUCUAUUUCAUUCUUCUCUGUUUCAUUUUACUUAAGUACAUUCAUGCAACCAUAUAAAUAUUCUAUAGAUUACUACUCGUUACAGAACUGUCGAAAAUAAAGCUAUUGGUACUAAAAAAAA